GCCGGAAGUUGGUGUUCGGUGUCCCAGGUUUCUCCCGAGGGCCCCUGAGAGGGGAUUCUUGGAACGUUCCUCGGCUGAAAACGCGCAGAUGGUGCUUCACUAUGGAGAUCAGCCACUCUGUUAAGGAGCGCACCAUCUCUGAGAACAGUCUGGUGAUCCUGCUGCAGGGCCUCCAUGGACAGGUCACCACAGUGGAGCUGCGGAACGAGAGUGUGGCUGUAGGCCGCAUCACUAAUGUUGAUGCUUUCAUGAACGUGUGCUUGGCUGAAGCAACAUUCACAGACCAGCAUGGCUGCUCCUCCUGGAUGGACAACCUCUUUGUGACAGGAAGGAACGUUCGCUACAUCCACAUCCCUGAUGAUGUGAAUAUCAGGACCACAAUUGAGAAACAGCUGCAGCUCAUCCACAGAGUACGCACCUUUGGUGGCCGAGACAAGGGGAGGAAGGAGUUUCUUAGGCCAAAGGACAAAUGAAUGGGACUGGCAGCAUGCCCUUACCUUGCUGGUUAUUCUUCACUGAAAUCCACUCUCUUUUGUUAGGGCUUCACCAUCUUUCCUUGGC